AGCAUUAAUGACUGUUAUGUUCGCCUAAUCACAGCCACACUGCCGCCCGCGGACCCUACCACCCCCAGAGUUCUUUAGUGGAGACGUUCGGGAUGCACGCCUGCCUGCUCUUCAGCAGCGACUUCCACCGGCCGCGAACCAAGCUGGGAGCAGCGGGCGCGAUGACCAACUACCUCACGCUAUGGCACGACGCCAACGUCCGACUCGCAACCCGCUACCACCAGCCUCUGGUCAUGCUCUCGCCCCAGAUCCACGCCAUGGAUUUCGCCACGUGCGCCGACCAGUGCCGCCUCCACAUCGACGGCCUGUUCCGGGCGCUGUCGGACUUCACCUUCGAGAGGCCCCUGUUUUCCAGCGCAUGCGUGAGGCCCGACUCGCAGCUCGUGUUCGCCAGCCUGGUGCUGUUCGACUCCAGACUGCCUGGCCAGUUCCAGCCGUCCCGCGGAUGGUUUCGCAAUGCCUGUGGCAGUGCCAGCGCUGUGCGUACCCUGCGACGCCUGGGGGCGCCUUACCGCACUGCCAGGUGCGACGACAUCGGGGCGACCGUGCUCGAGGUGCCCUACAACUCGCCGCUGCUGGAGUCCAUGGUCGUCUUCCUGCCGGACUCGCCGUUCGGCGGCCUCGCCUCGCUCGAGCGGAGUCUUUCCAAGGACAAGAUCAUGGACUGCAUGGCGCGCCUCGAGCAGCGGGGUCCCGUCGACGUGACCCUGCCCAGGCUGCGACUCCGCUGCGCUACGGAUUUCGCCCGCCUCCUGCCCGCCAUGGGCGCUCGGGACGCGUUCGGAGAGGCGGCAGACUUCUCCAACAUGGCCGCCGUGGAAGAAGGAAGCCGUAGCGCCGGAGCAGGAAGCCUGAAGGUGUCGGCCGCCAAGCACUUUGCCGUCUUCCGCAUGGGUCUGCGCUCGGCAGGUGCCAGAGCGGCGGCGCGGCCGACAGCGCUUCCGCCGGUCGUGGACCGCGCGGACGGACGCAACCUGGAGUUCACGGUCGACCGACCCUUCCUGUUCCUGGUGCUCGGCAAGGAACCCAGCAGCGUCUUCCUCCUCGGCUCCGUCACCAAGCCGAGCGGCUAGCGGGACGAUGUGGCCUCCGGGAUUCGGCGGCGCGCGCGCGCGCCAUCUCGGAGGCUAGGCGAGGAAGGCGGCCCGCGAGCCGCCUAGCUGCGCCCGACGCGUCACGCGCUGCUCAUGAGCAGCGCGACUUUAUCUUUCCAGCGGCGCGACCCGCUUCUGUUCUGUAGAACUUUAUUUCGAUUGUGUUUGUAAUUUUAGCGAAAUAUUACCUGAUUUAUGCGUCA